UUACACACUGGGAAUGUGUUGGCGCACACUGUUUCAGCACGGAAAGCUUAAGCUGUGGGACAGAUUCCUUUGACAUUGCAGGAGAAGAGGAGGGACAAUAUUGGUGUUACCAAACGUGUUACGCUGUCGCUGUAAUCAAUACGCGUAAUUGUUGACCGCUUCAAAGUUGCAAUAUUAAAAUAUUGUAACUGUUAGCGGGAUAAUGUAUCGGCGACCAUUACAGUACGCCGUCAGGAACAUUUUAAGCGUUUCAGCAUCCAAGGCCACUCUCGGAAAGGCAGUAGAUCAAGAUGGUUGUCUCAAAGCUUUAGUUGUUGCUGCCACCAUCCCCUCCUCCCAGACACAAUGCAGGAUCUUGCACAGCAGUAGACAGCUUUAUUCGGUAAAAGAAACCCCGCAGGCCACAGAGGAGGAAGUGGGGUCCUUCACCAAGCUUAUUGAGGCCUUGGGCUUCACAGGACCUCUCAAAUACAACAAAUGGAAAAUAAAGAUUGCUGCCCUGCGAAUGUACACAUGCUGUGUAGAGAGAAUCAACUACGAUGAUUUUUUUGAAAAGUGCUCCCUCCCUGACACGCUCAACUCCUGGUUCCUGGUGGCGCAGCUCCAUGUCUGGAUGUGUCUGGUGCGAAUGCGUCAGGAGGGCCGAGAGGGGAAGUAUAUGUGUCGCUACAUCGUCCAUUCCAUGUGGGAGGAUGUGGAACAGAGAAGCAAGAUCAUGGGGAUUGAUGCCAUACAUAGGAAAGAGGCCAUGAGAUCCAUGACGGAGAAUUUCUACGCUGCUAUUUUUGGAUACGAUGAGGGAAUCCUGUCUGAGGAUACUGUGCUGGCUGCCGCCCUAUGGAGAAACGUGUUUAAUCGACAGUGCGAGGACCCACAGCAGCUAGAGCUCAUAGUAGAAUACGUCCGCAAACAGAUGCAGUUCAUUGAUGCGUUGGAUGGUGAAGACCUGCUGCUGACAGGAGAGGUGAAGUGGCGCCCCCUGGUGGAAGAAAAUGCUCAGAGCAUCCUGAAGGUCGCUUCGCCUACUUACAAUGACACCGGCCUCUGAAGCCCUGCCUCCCGGCCUCCUCUCCCCGCUCACAAUCCCCACCCGUCGCUCUCUCUUUCUCUCUCUCUCUCUCUCUGGAGACUACAGACAAGAUGGCCAUCAGGCAUCAAGAAACACACACACACACGCUCUCUCUCUCUCUCUCCUCAUCUCUUUACUUUCUCUGUCUUUUUCUGUCUUCUCUGUAUCUCUCUCUCUCUCUCUCUCUCUCUCUCUCUCUCUCUUUUUUUCUUUCUACUCUUAACAACUCAAUUUAUAGCCCCAUGAAGCAACUGACUUGUCAGGGAACACCUGUAAACACAGGGCUCCCAUAAGUGUUGAGAGUGUGGAGGAACUCUUACCAGAACUAUAUAUGUAUGUUUUUGCACUGUCCUUUUCUGUAUUGCAAAAGGAUGUUCUGUAUUUAUAUGUCUCUUUCUUUUACUGAUGCCAUAUUUAUAAGAGUUCUGUUUAGUUCUUAAAGAAUCUCUCACAUGUCCUGUUUUUUUUUCGGUGCAAAGAUUCCGUCUUCCUCCCCCUCUCACUGCAUUAUGGGAAAUGUCUGUGUUGUCACAGAUGCUGUUCAACAAUGGGGCUUCAGUUUUAACUCGAAUAAAAAUGUUCUCUGGUUCUGUA